CGUCUCGCCGUUACCAUAGCGACGCGGCCUCCAGACCGCAGAUCCUCGCUGCCUUGUCAACAUCUUUGGGCAUCGGCAGCUCCAGAGGCCCGGCAGGUAGGAAACUAUGUGAAAGAAUCUUCUGAUGUCAUAAUAUCUGUGUUUCACUGGAACAUUCGACCAUCAAUCCUUUGGCAAUUCUAGCCUUGUGUGGAAGGUUAGAAGAAGCAGUUGAUUUAUUCACAUCUACAGGAAUCAGACUCAGCAUAUUUUGGUUUUCAGUGAAUUAUGCCUUUUCGAUUUGGAACCCAGCCAAGGAGGUGUCCAGUGGAAGGAGGAGAUUCUUCAGUUGGGCUGGAAUCGGGCCUAAGCUCCAGCACUGCCUGUAAUGGGAAAGAGACGUCACCGACUAGGCAACUCCGAAGAUGCCCUGGAAGUCAUUGCCUGACAGUAACUGAUGUUCCCAUCACUGUCUAUGCUACAAUGCGAAAGCCACCUGCACAAAGCAGCAAGGAAAUGCAUCCUAAAUAGCAUCAUUAAGUCUUGUAGAGGUUUGACUAGGUCAAGGGUAAUGGGCCAGUAUCAUCUUAUGAGCUGGUAAACAAAUAAAAGUGGUGGCACCUUUGGAUGCUGAUAGCAGUUGAAUA